AUGCAACUGGACCCCGAUCAAGGCUCAGAAUGGGUAACGGGCAGUAGGAAAAUAGACCGUAGGAAGCGAGUUUUAGGAAGCUGUGCAGUCAGUCCCCCCAGUGCAUGUUCUUUGGAAGGCAGGAGCAAGCCACUAAGCAGCCUUGUGACAACGAAGCUUGCGUGCAACAAGUACGGACUAUCGUGCAGGAGGGAAACAGCUGAGGCGGUCCUGCGAAGGGCUCGACGGCGCUCAAUGGCGGCAACCUUUACUUGUGACUUCGACGGCGCCUUUAGCACCAAAUCCUUCGCAGAUGUACCAGUAUUGACUUUGCCUACGGGGCUACGCGUCGUACGCCCACGGGUACCUGAAGGAUAG